GGUGGCAAUGAUAAGAUAACACAAAGAUAAGACUCCACAAACCCACGCUCUCACAUACACAAUCUCUUAAACUUCCUCCUGACAGGAAACAGUCCGCAAGAUUCUUAGAAAUCUCAGGGUGUGUCUUCUUAUGGUUCCAAAGUCUUAGCUACCAAGGACAGCCAUGCAGGGGAGAGGGUCUGUAGCUGUGGCACUAGCAGUGUUGGUGUGCAUUGUAGCCGGUGACAAUUCACGCUGUGAAUAUGACACCUGCUCCAAGUGUAUCAGUGACGCCAGCUGCAUCUGGUGCUCUAACCCGAAUAUCACAUCAGUGGCAGUGAAGACUGGAGUAACUUUGCCCCAGUGCAUCAACAAGGAAUCCCCUAAUAUAGAUAAAUUCAAAGAAGCAUGCAAAGAUGCCAUCUAUGACCUCCCCACUGAGGUCGAGAAAGAACAGCCCUCACCUGAGACCCUGUUCAGUCCACAGCGAGUCAAACUGAAGAUGAGGGCCGGAGAGUCCAUCAACAUUAGUUUCAAUUAUGAGCACCGGGUCAAUUACCCCAUGGACCUGUACUGCCUGAUGGAUGGCUCUACAUCUAUGUCAGAAUUCAAGACUCUGCUUUCCAGUGUGACCCAAGAACUAGUGGCCGGCCUCAUGGAUAUAACCCAAAAUGUCCAGCUUGGCUUUGGCAUGUUUGUAGACAAACCUACGCUGCCUUACACAGACAUGAACAGUGUGGCAGCCUGUCGGGAGUGCCAAGUAGACACAUACAGCUUCAAGAAUAUCCUCCCACUCACUCCUGACCAGACAGCCUUUGAGGAAAAGGUUUUAUCAUCUCCCGUCUCCACAAAUACUGACCAACCUGAAGGCAUUCUGGAGGCCCUGAUGCAGGUGGCCUCAUGCGGCUCAGAGGUGGGCUGGCGGCCAGACGCACUGAAGGUGGCAGUGGUGUUCACUGAUGCUGCCUUCCAUUCAGCAGGGCAUGGCAGGCUUGCAGGCAUCGUCCAGCCCAAUGACCGGACGUGCCACCUCAACGGGAAAGGAGAAUACACUCACUCCCUGUUGCAGGACUACCCUUCUGUCGGUGAGCUCAGCAAGGUACUGAAAGACAAUAACUUGACCACCGUUUUCGCUGCAACAGAGGAUCAGGUGUCGCUCUACCAGAUGCUGUCUGGUAUGCUGCACAGCUCCUCCUGCAGUGACAUGGACACGUCCUCUAAUAUUGUCAAAAUCAUCGUGGAUCCUGUUAAAGACAGGAUCCAAACCAUCACCCUGGAGCCCCAGACGUCCAUGCCAGGGCUCACAGUGGAUGUGUAUACUAGGUGCAAGGGCGGUGCAGUGCAAAAGGGAAACACCUGCAAAGAGAUGCUCAUGGGUGAAAAAGCAGAGUUCACCUUGGACGUCAAGAUUGAGGAAUGUCCUGCUCGGGACCAACAGAAUGUCACCUUGAAUUUUGAACUUGUUGGCCAUUCACAGAACUUAUACCUGGACCUGGAGAUGUUGUGCGAGUGCAGGUGUGAGGAGGGGAAGGAUUUUAUUGCCAAUGCAGAUAUUUGUAUGAAGCAAGGAGACUUGAGGUGUGGUGCUUGUGAGUGCCAUCCUGGCUUUUUGGGGAAGAACUGUCAGUGCAGGGAAGGAGAUGUGAACAACCCAGACAUUGAUGAGACAAACUGUAUCAACCCUAAUGCUACAGAGGCUGUGGUGUGCAGUGGCCAGGGCAAGUGUGAAUGUGGCCAGUGUGUGUGUAACAAGAGGCCAGACCCAGAUGAGGUUAUUGAAGGGUUCUACUGUCAGUGCACUAAUUUCCACAAAGACUGUCGAGGGAAUAAUGGAGAAAUCUGUUCUGGUCAUGGACACUGCGACUGUAAUGAAUGUGACUGUGAUGCAGGUUGGGAGGGGCAGAAUUGUAGCUGCAGCACCGACACAGAAAACUGUAAAGACACCGAGGGGGUAGUCUGCUCCGGCCAUGGGAACUGUAUAUGCAACAGGUGUGAGUGUCAGGCCGACUAUGAGGGGAAGCACUGUGAAAACUGCAAGUUUUGUGAUGAAAAGUGUGAGGAGUACAAGCCCUGCGUCGAGUGUUUAGUGUUUCAGACGGGGACGUACGGGGCUGCAUGCGAGGACCAGUGCUCCAGCUACACGGUCACCAUCAUUUCUGACAUGACGAAGAACUAUGGUCAUCUGUGUUCCAGCACGGAUGAAGAGGGUUGUAGAUUUUUUUACCAAGUUAAAGAAAAUGGAACAGUCAAGCAUGUGUGGGCUCAGGACAAGAAGGAGUGUCCCAAAGUAAUCAAUCCAUGGAUCGUGGUGGGCGGAGUGCUGGCGGGUGUGGUGCUGGUGGGCCUCCUGUUGCUCAUUGCCUGGAAGGUCGUCACCACCAUUAAGGAUAAACGGGAAUAUGAAGCUUUCAAAACUGAAAAGGCCAAGGCUGCCUGGACUGAUAAUGUGAGUCCGUUAUACAGGCCAGCCAUAACUGAUUUUCAGAAUCCUAUGUUUGGAGCUAGUAAUUAAAGGUAAGGGUGUAAGUCUUCUCAAAUUCCCUUAUUUAAUGAAUAAACAAAACAAGAUAGAAAGUUUUGCCAUGGGGGGAUUUAUGCUGUGGAAAGAACAGGAGUCUGCCAUUUAUAGUUUAUCAGUAAAGAGGCAGGACAGUGGAGGGCCAAUGUAUGUGAUGUAUGCUUCAGAAUGCAUGAUGAAAUAAAGUAAGAAUAAACUUCAAGCCAUACAGCAGGGCCACAGGAUUGGGGUAUGGCAUGGAGUUAGCAAGUUAAGAGACAUCCUAAACAAGCCGCAAGAGGUAUGAUAAAAUGAAGGUGGCAUAUCCCAGAGGUCUGGGGCGGUAUUCUCAGAUGCUUCUGCCUCUCACAACAGUCUCCAAAGCCCAGAAAAGGAAAUCAGUUGGGUUCUAAGGAGUUUUCUUUUUAAGUUCAUGGUACAGAAAAAGGCUCAAACUGCCACCACUCAUUAAACUACCCCUGGAAAUGCUCAACUCCUAGGAAAGCCUUGUCAAAUGUGUGGACUUGGGCGCCAAAAUUUUUGAGAAUAUGCCCCCUGAUCAAAUCAACAAGUGACUCUACUUUAAGAAGCUAUGGAUGGAGCCCUCACACCUAAUUGAAAAUGAUCUACAAAUGAAUGUCAGGGUACCAUCCAUCGACCAAUUUGUGGCAUGCCUUCUCAUAGACAGUUGCCAAGUUAUUUUUAGGGCCAGAAAUUAUUGAUUGUGUGUGUGGCAAUGUGUUCCCUCAGUGAUGGAGCCGGAGGCCAUCAUCACUGGUGGUACAUCCCCAUCAACAGGGAACCUUUUCUUCUGAUUUCCUAUCUAGUCGUUAUUAUGUGUUUGUUCUAAUGCAGUACUGAUACUGAUGAUUGAGUACUUAUAUCUAUGUAAAACUUUCUGUUGUGCAAGUCAGUGAUUACAUUCAAUUAUGUAAUUAUGUAUUUAAUCCUUAGACGGUGAUGAAACUAUUUAGAGACGGUCCAAAAUUCGUCGGUCAGUUUUGUAUGGCAGAGAUAUAAAAACACUUCCAGAUUGCAGUCGAAUAUAUAUAUAUAUAUAUAUAUAUAUAUAUAUAUAUAUAUAUAUAUAUAUAUAUAUAUAUAUAUAUAUAUAUAUAUAUAUAUAUAUAUAUAUAAUAGUUAAAACAUCUAUUAUGCGGCAUAACUAUCUUUAUGCUACGGUCCUAAGUCGGCAGUGACCAUAUAUAGACGAUUCAUUUUGGGGGAGCUACUCUUCAAAUACUGCCGCCAUCUAAGAGUUAAUUAUGAAUAAGAAAUUUUGUUCUAAGCAAAUCAAAUGUAAUGAUAAGUACAAAUAAUUGUGAUAAGUAAAUUGUCUGGACCAGCCCUCCAUGACACUGGCUCUAGGCAAGUAGUCGUUCAUUGUGACAGACACACCAUUGGUUGAUCACACUCAUUUGCAUGUUGAAUUUUAAAUGUUUGCAGCCCUUUCCUUACCUCUGAAUGUCAUGGGUAGGAAAAAAACUUGAGUAUAAAGCCAUGGAAAGGAUUCCUUGACUUCCUUUACAGUAGCCUUCCUUUAAUAAUACCCAAGGAUACAAGUAUUUACUUUGUUGUUGAAUGUCCUGUUUUUAAUGUUUUAAUUGUUAUAACAAUCCUUUUUAAAUUCUUGGCCAAUCCUCAAGUUGUAAAUAUAACAAGUGGUUCACUGAUUAAAGAAUUCUUGUGGCAGUGAUAUUACACGUGUUCAACUUUUAUCUUGGAUGCAAUAAAAUUAUUUUUAGACGUUAAACAGUGAGAGAAGUUUUGGAAUAGUGCAGAACUUAGAUAUGUCAGUGUAAUAUACUUACCCUACAGUAACCUUUUAAGUCAGUGAGAUGUCCACGGUUUUUGCUGUACUUUUUUUUUUUUUUUUUUUUUUUUUUUUUUUUUUUUUUUAGUAGCUGCCAAUGGUCUGAGGACUUGUAUGUAGCUUAAAUAUGUCCAGCCAGUGUUCUUGUGUUACUAUUUUAUUUUGCUGUUUUAUUUAAAUUUGUAAUUGUCCAAUGUGUGUGGACUAAUAAUUGUGAUGAUUCUGUGAGCUUGUAAUAAAAGGUUUACCAGGAGAAGCUUAGUUAAUUUUUGUAUUUUUAAGGCACAGCAUCAAGUAAAGACAUCUGAAGGGUGAAACAUGAUGUUGGAUCCUAAUAAUUUGAUAGAAUGUCAUAAAAAGAACUAUUGAUAU